GAUGGAGGUGGCCCAGCAGGCGCAGCUCCGCCAGGAGGCGCAGUCGCUGCAGGAAUCCUUCCUGCUCGAGAAGGACGCGCUGCUGCAGAAGGAGAAAUUCAUCGAGGAGGAGAAGGCGAAGCUGGAGAAGCUGUUCCAGGACGAAGUGGACAAAGCGCAGAGCCUGAAGGCCGAGCAGGAGCGGCAGCAGCAGGAGAUGGAGCAGGAGAAGCAGCAGCUGAAGGCCAUGCUGGACGAAGCCAAGCGGCAGCAGGAGGAGGCGGAGGAGAGCGUCCGCCGCAAGCAGGAGGAGCUGCAGCAGCUGCAGAAGCAGCGGCAGAAGCAGGAGCAGCUGCUGGAGGAGGAGAACCGGAAGCUGCGCGAGCGGCUGCAGCAGCUGCAGGAGGAGCAGCGGAGCGCGGCGGCGCCCACGCGGGAGAUGAUGAUCCAAACGGACGCGGCGCCGCAGCAGCCGCCGCAGCCGCACGCGGUGCCCAACGGCCGCCACGCGCUGGACGGCCUGGAGCAGAACGGAGAGCCCGAAUUCGCCUUCCAGGGCAUCCGGCAGAAAGUGUCGGCGCAGCAGCUGGCGGCCGCCGGCGUCCUGAGCGGCCACAGCCUGGGCCAGCUGGCCGAGGGGAAGGUGAGCGUGGAGGAGCUGGCGCGGCGCGACGACGUGCGGACGUUCCUGCAGGGCCGCAGCUGCAUCGCCGGUUUGCUGCUGGAGCCCGGGCGGCAGAAGAUGAGCAUCUACGAGGCCAUGAAGAAGCGGCUGCUCAGCCCCGGCACCGCCUUGGUGCUGCUGGAGGCGCAGGCGGCCACCGGCUUCAUGCUGGACCCCGUGCGCAACGCCAGGCUGUCGGUGAACGAAGCGGUGCGGGACGGGCUGGUGGGACCCGAGCUGCACAACAAGCUGCUGUCGGCCGAGCGCGCCGUCACCGGCUACAAGGACCCCUACACCGGGGACAACAUCUCGCUCUUCGAGGCCAUGCAGAAGGAGCUGAUCGUCAGGGAGCACGGCGUGCGCCUGCUGGAGGCCCAGAUCGCCACCGGCGGCAUCAUCGACCCCGUGCACAGCCACCGCCUGCCCGUGGAGGCGGCCUACAAGCGCGGGCUGUUUGACGAGGAGAUGAACCGCGUCCUGUCCGACCCCAGCGACGACACCAAGGGCUUCCUGGACCCCAACACGCAGGAGAACCUCACCUACCUGCAGCUGAUGGAGCGCUGCGUCGAGGACCCCGAGACGGGGCUGCUCCUGCUGCCGCUCAGCAGCCAGGCGGGCGCGGAGCUGCUCUACAGCGACCGCGAGGCCAAGGACGUCUUCCAGAAGGCCACGGUGAGCGCCCCGUUCGGCAAGUUCCAAGGCAAGACGGUGAGCAUCUGGGAGAUCAUCAACUCGGAGUACUUCACCGAGGACCAGAGGAAGGAGCUGAUCCAGCAGUACCGCAGCGGCAAGGUGACGGUGGAGAAGAUCAUCCGCAUCGUCAUCACCGUGGUGGAGGAGGGCGAGAAGAAGAGGCAGCUGCUGUUCGAGGGGCUGCGCGCCCCGGUGCCGGCCGCCGAGCUGCUGGAGAGCCGCAUCAUCGACAAGGACACGUACAACCGGCUGCGGCAGGGCAAGGCCAGCGUGGCCGACGUGGCUCAGAGCGACGGCGUGCGGCGCUACCUGAGGGGCACCGACGCCAUCGCCGGCGUCCUGGUGGAGUCCAGCGGGGAGACGCUGAGCUUCUACGAAGCCCAGAGGAAGAACCUGCUGAAGCCGGAGGUGGCCCUGGCUCUGCUGGAGGCGCAGGCGGCCGCCGGCUUCAUCGUGGAGCCGAGCGGCGGGCGGCUGUACACCGUGGACGAGGCGGUGAAGGCCGAGGUGGUGGGGCCGGAGGUCCACGAGCGGCUGCUGUCGGCGGAGAAGGCGGUGAGCGGCUACAAGGACCCCUACACCGGGCAGACCGUCGCCCUGUUCCAGGCGCUGAAGAAGGGCCUGGUCCCCACCGACGCCGGCGUGCGGCUGCUGGACGUGCAGCUCUGCACCGGCGGCAUCGUCGACCCGGCGCACAGCCACCGCCUGCCGCUCGACGUCGCCUACCGGCGCGGCUGCUUGGACGCCGAGAUGAAGGAGGCUCUGGAGGAGCUGCGGGGCUUCUACUGCCCCGGCAGCCGGCAGAACGUCAGCUACGCGCAGCUGCAGCAGAGCUGCCGCCGGGACGAGCGGACGGGGUUCCUCCUGCUGCCGCUGUCGGACGCCGCCAUCCAGGCGCAGCAGGAGGAGAUCUACACGGACGCUCAGGCCGAGGAGAGCUUCGGCAAAGCCACGGUGGAGGUGCCGGCCGGCAGCCUGCGCGGCCGCACGGUGAGCGUGUGGGAGCUGAUCCACUCGGAGUACUUGAGCGAGGAGCAGCGGCGGGAGCUGCUGCGGCAGUACAAGACGGGCAGGGUGACCGUGGAGAAGGUCAUCAAGAUCGUCAUCACCAUCAUCGAGGAGACGGAGAGCAGGAAGCAGGAGAAGCUGAGCUUCACGGGGCUGCGGGCGCCGGUGCCGGCCAGCGAGCUGCUGGAGUCGCGCAUCCUCAGCGCGGCGCAGUACCAGCAGCUGCAGGACGGCCGCGCGACGGUGAAGGAGCUGGCCGAGACGGAGGCGGUCAGGCGCUUCCUGCACGGCGGCGACUGCAUCGCCGGCGUCUACGUGGAGGCCACCAAGGAGAAGCUCAACAUCUACGAGGCCAUGAGGAGGAACCUGCUGCGCGCCAGCACCGCCGUGGUGCUGCUGGAGGCGCAGGCGGCCACCGGCUUCCUGAUCGACGCGGUGAGGAACCGCAAGCUGUACGUCAACGAGGCGGUGAAGGCCGGCGUGGUGGGACCCGAGCUGCACGAGAAGCUGCUGUCGGCCGAGAAGGCCGUCACCGGCUACAAGGACCCCUACUCGGGGAACACCAUCUCGCUCUUCGAGGCCAUGCAGAAGGGGCUGAUCGUCAGGGAGCACGGCGUGCGCCUGCUGGAGGCCCAGAUCGCCACCGGCGGCAUCAUCGACCCCGUGCACAGCCACCGCCUGCCCGUCGAGGUGGCCUUCCAGCGCGGGCUGUUCGACGAGGAGAUGAACCGCGUCCUGUCCGACCCCGGCGACGACACCAAGGGCUUCUUCGACCCCAACACGCAGGAGAACCUCACCUACCUGCAGCUGAAGGAGCGCUGCGUCGAGGACCCCGAGACGGGGCUGCUCCUGCUGCCGCUGCGGGAGCCCGAGAAGCCGACGGUGGUGGAGACGACGCGGGUGUACACGGAGGAGGAGACGCGGAAGGUGUUCGAGGAGACGCGGGUGGACAUCCCCGCGGGCAGCCGGGCCGGCUCCUCCAUGACGCUGUGGGAGAUCAUGCAGUCGGAUCUGCUGCCCGACGAGCAGCGGCGGCGGCUGAUGGAGGACUUCCAGGCGGGCCGCGUCUCCAAGGAGCGCAUGAUCAUCAUCAUCAUCGAGAUCAUCGAGCGCACCGAGAUCAUCCGGCAGCAGAACCUC